AUGAACAGUGAAAAUGAAGAUGAUCCGAUUAGGGCGAGGACACCAGAGAGUGUUAAACGCAAAAGAUGCGAGAGUUCAAAAAAAUAUGAUCAUAAAAAACAAAAGUUUCGAAGUGAGUGGUUAGUCGAUUCCAAAUAUAGUAACUGGCUAUGUCGUGUUCCAAAUAAUGAAUUAAUGGCAAAAUGUAAAUUGUGUCCGUCGGAAAUGACGGCAGAAUUAUCCGUUUUAAAAAAACAUGCGUUGACGAAGAAACAUUUAAGUUGUGUAUCUUCAAUUAUACAAAAACCGAUCAGUAAUUUUAUUAACGAUGGUAAAAAAUUGAAAGAAAUUGAGCAAACAAAACGAGCUGAAAUUCUUCUCUGUGGAUUUUUAAGCGAACACAAUUUACCUUUCAACGUUAUGGGUCAUUUAUCUGCCGUUUGUAAACAAGCUUUUCCAGAUUCAAAGAUUUCACAAAACAUGAAUCUUGGACGUACCAAAGCAACAUCAAUUGUCAAAAAUGUUAUCGGAAAAUGUCAUAGUGAAGAUUUGGCGAAUAUCCUUAAAUCUACAUGUUUUAGUGUCAUCAUAGACGAAAUACAACUUUUUACUGAUUCUGAUAGUGCAAAUCAGGGCGCAACUGCACAGAAAAUAUUUGAUGAACUUAUAAAAGCGUUCAAUGAAUCGAAAAUUCCUUUGAACAAUAUUAUAGGGUUUGCAUCAGAUGGAUGCAAUUCUAUGAUGGGGCAGUGGAAUUCAGUUUCUUCUAGAUUCAAUGAGCAUAUGCCAGGUGUAUUCAUUCAAAAAUGCAUUUGCCAUUCGUUACAUCUUUGUGCAAGUUCAGCUUGCAAAACAUUGCCAAGAUCUUGUGAAGACUUGGCUAGAGAUAUUUUCAAUUACUUCAAAUCAAGUAGCAAACGUAUCUGCCAGUACAAAGAAUUUCAAGAGUUUUGCAAUGUCUCACCUCAUAAAAUCCUAUAUCCGGCACAAACCAGUGCAAACAUUGACAAAAAUGAUGAUAAUGGUGAUGAUGAUUUUGUUUUUGCUAAUGUAUAA